AUGCAGCGCCUCGUCAAUGUUGCAAGACAAAAGCCUCUUGCGUUUACCGCCGCGAGAAACCGAACCCCCCUUGUGCUCAACUUUGCGAGAUACUUGGCCACGAUGAAGGCCCUCGUGUACCGCGACAAGGAUCGCAUCGCGCUGCAGGACCGGCCGAAGCCGGAGCUCUCGUCGCCCACAGACGCCAUCAUCAAGAUCACCAAGACCACGAUAUGCGGCACGGACCUGCACAUCCUCAAGGGGGACGUCGCGACGUGCAAGCCGGGGACGAUUCUGGGGCACGAGGGCGAGGGCAUCGUCGGCGAGGUCGGGUCCGCGGUGACGCGCUUCAAGCCCGGCGACCGGGUGCUCAUCUCGUGCAUCUCGAGCUGCGCCAAGUGCGAGUACUGCCGCCGCGGCAUGUACAGCCACUGCACGUCGGGCGGCUGGAUCCUCGGCAACACCAUCGACGGCACCCAGGCCGAGUACACGCGCGUCCCGCACGCCGACUCGAGCCUGCACGCCAUCCCCGGCGCGGUGGACAUGGGCGCCAUGGUGAUGCUGAGCGACAUCUUCCCGACGGCGCUGGAGUGCGGCGUCCAGAACGGCAAGGUCUGCCCCGGCUCGACGGUCGCCAUUGUGGGCUCCGGGCCGGUCGGCCUGGCGGCCUUGUUGACGGCGCAGAUGUACUCGCCGGCGACCAUUGUCGUCCUCGACAAGGACCCGAAGCGGCUCGAGGUGGCCAAGAAGCUCGGCGCCACCGAGACCAUCAACAACAGCAGUGAGGACGCCGCCCUGGCCAAGGUCAAUGAGAUUACCGGCGGCAAGGGAUUCGACACCGUCAUCGAGGCCGUGGGCGUGCCCGCGACGUUUGAGCUGUGCCAGAAGAUGCUUGCCCCCGGCGGUGUCCUGGCCAACGUGGGCGUCCACGGCGUCCCCGUCAAGCUCCACCUGGACCAGCUGUGGGCGAAGAAUAUUGCCAUCACCACGAGACUGGUAGAUGCUGGGGUGACGCCCAUGCUGAUAAACCAGGUCGCGGCCGGGAAGCUGCGGCCAGUGGACCUCGUCACUCACCGCUUCAAGUUGGAGGAGGGAGAGGAGGCGUACAGGACAUUCUCCCGGGCAGGAGAGACUGGAGCGCUCAAGGUCUUAAUCGAGACCGGCCCCAACACUAUUCACUAA